UGGUAGUGUUGCCCAAUGUCAAGACAGUAACUAGCCAACAAAUCCUUCAGCUUUGGCAUUGCCCGGCUAGUUGGCAUAGUUUGCCAUGGCACGAUGACACCUGAAAAAGCUCAGCAGGAGGUGAAUCUUCUCGUGGGUUUCUUGGCUUCCUACGCCUUCCGUGCCCUCACCAGUUCUGCUGAGGCGUGGCUGCGGCGGACCUGCCAUUUAUGCAUAUGUGGCCGACUUGCCCGUGAGGGAGCAGUCUUGGCAAGUGAACGUGGCUUGACAUGGCGGGAGGCCAAAGUGAGGCUUGAUUCCAGUGACGAUUUGCAGAUCUUAGCGCUGGCAACCCUCAGGCUCUUGGCCUGGCACUGGAUGCAGCCGAUUACUUAUGCACUGCUCCUGUACAGUUGGAGCGAUGAUGCGUACUUUGGCAAGACCUGGAAUCUACAGGCGGUUUUAGCUGCAGCGGUGCUGUUGAGGGAGGUGCUUUACUUCAUUUGCGCUCUAUUCGCCUUGGUGCAAUGCCCGGCCUUUCUGUUGAUUGAUCUUGCUGCUACCUGGAGAAGUGGAGCUCGUGGUGAGGCCGUGCCAGGCCUUUGCCUGUGUCAUGAUGCCGGAGAAAUUUUUAGGCUGGUACAUGCAAGGCUCUGUGCCAUCUCCACUAGCCGUCAGGCGAUUCAAUAGCUAUUGCGCCGUGGUCCUGCUUUUGGAUGGCUGUAGCGUUUUGGCGCUUUGGGCUGGUCUUUCAGGCUGGACAAGCAGGCCCCCUGUACCACUCCUUGUGUGCUACUCGGUGACGACACUCAGUUUUAUUGCAAUUCCCUGCUGGGCUACCAGCAUACUCUUAGCCAGGGCCACAGGUGUUCUUCCACCUGUGGGACACAGAAAUGAUUCUGAUUCUUUGGAUAUACCUCUUGGAUCGAUUGAUUAAAAA